AUUUUAGAUACUCUACAAGUGAAAAUUGAUGAUUUGAUGGACCAGAUUAGUUUUCCAUUGACAGAAAAAAGCGCCUAAAUAAAUACUCAGCAUAAUGACUAUCUCAAAGUCUACACUUCGCGGUUCAAAUCGCAUUAGGGAAAAUGAUAAGCGACGUAUCGUCGACGAAACUUCCCGUAAACGUCGACACAGGAAAGUAAUGGAACUCCUGGAAUCAGACAACUACCAUGAUGAUCCCCAUGCUGACUUGGUUAUGAGUAAAAAAGUUCCCAAAUUCGAAGACAACUUGGAACACAGAAAUACUCGUACCAAGAAAAAAGAGAGAACUACGGAUUACUACCAAUUCAAGUAUCGUAAAAACUUCCAACAAUUAGUUGAUGAAGAUAGAGUAGAUGCAGAUUUGAACGGAAGAGUCUCUUAUAUGGAUAUACAAUGUGAAGAUACUCUUAUACCACCUAGACACUUCUGUGCUGUUUGUGGCUUUUUGGGACAAUAUUCUUGUUUAUCUUGUGGUACUCGCUAUUGUUGUAUUAGGUGCAUGGACACUCAUAUUGAUACAAGGUGUUUGAAAUGGACAGCUUGAAUAAAUAUUAAACAAUUUUUCAUUACUAUGGUUUGAACUGUGGAUGUUAUUUAUGUUUUUUGCUCUAUAGUUGAAUGAUUAUAACUGAUAAAAUAAAA